CGUCAAUACAAAUUGUUUGUCAUUCCCAAUUCAAAAAGAAGAAGCACCAUAGUAUUGCAAAAAUUUAUUAUUUAGACAGAAAUUUUAGAAUUAUACUUAAAAAAUGGAAACCUCUAUUAAAGUACAACCCUCAGCCGUCACAACUUUAGAUGCAGCACCCGCCGUAGCAGCUCCCGGUAAAUCCAAUUGUUUAAUGCAAGUUGCUCACAUCCAUCGUUUACGCGAUUCGGAAGCCAACUAUGAUCAACAUCAAUAUGAUCUUAACAUGCAAAUGAUGAGAAAUCGUGAGGGUUUGAAUGUACCCAUUAAAAUGGGCAUGGAACUUUUCGCCGCCAGACAAGUUGGUCGUUUGCCUUUCCUUCAGUCGAGCAAUAUGAUGGAAGAUGUUCUUAUGGGUCGUGAUGAAAUGAUUGGUUUCCAAGAUUUCCUAGGUGUGCCCGAAAAUUAUGAAUUUAUGCGCCAGCCUCAUGUUGUAGUGGAGAAAUCUUUAGGUAUUUUUUAAAUUGUAUGUAAUUAUGAUAAUGGCUUUUGAUGUAAAACAUUAAAGACAAGUUUUUGUGAAAAUAAUUUUUGUAAUAAAAUUUAAAGGGAAUUAAAAAUUA